AUGGACGGGAGGACUGCGGAAACCGGGAAUGACGGGAUACCGAGCGAGGAAGCGGCCGGCGGCCUUUAUCUACAGCUUGAAAUGGGGGACACCGAUCCAGCCAAGGGAGGUCAGAUAACAGAGAUGCCGUCCCCAUUUGGAGCGGGCGCAGCUCAUGAGAAGAAGAUUGGCCACAGGAGGGUAGAUGCCUCUGGAGAGACAUCAUACAAGAAGACCGCCUCCUCUGCCUUAAAAGGAGCCAUCCAACUGGGUAUUGGAUAUACUGUUGGCAACCUCAGCUCCAAGCCCGAGAGAGAUGUGCUGAUGCAGGACUUCUAUGUGGUCGAAAGCGUCUUCUUUCCCAAUGAGGGCAGUAACCUCACUCCAGCCCAUCACUUCCCAGACUUCAGGUUUAAAACAUAUGCCCCUGUGGCCUUUCGGUACUUCCGGGAGCUGUUUGGGAUCCGACCAGAUGACUACUUGUAUUCUCUAUGUAACGAGCCGUUGAUUGAGCUGACAAAUCCUGGAGCUAGUGGCUCCAUAUUCUACGUAACCCGAGAUGAUGAGUUCAUCAUUAAAACUGUCAUGCACAAGGAGGCAGACUUUCUGCAGAAACUGCUUCCUGGAUACUAUAUGAACUUGAACCAGAACCCUCGAACUUUGCUGCCAAAGUUCUUUGGCCUCUACUGCGUACAGUGUGGGGGCAAAAACAUCCGAGUUGUUGUGAUGAACAAUAUUUUACCGCGUUCUGUACGCAUGCACCUCAAGUUUGACCUGAAGGGCUCCACUUACAAGAGACGAGCAUCCAAGAAAGAGCGUGAGAAGUCCAAACCCACUUUUAAAGACCUGGACUUUCUGAAUGACGUUCCUGAAGGCCUCACUCUGGACCAGGACACUUAUAGCGCUCUGGUCAAAACACUGCAAAGAGACUGUCUGGUGCUGGAGAGUUUUAAGAUUAUGGAUUACAGUUUGCUGCUUGGAGUCCACAACAAGACACAAGCUGAGAGAGAGCAUCAGUCUCAGGGCACACCUGCAGCCGGGGGGGAUGAAAAGAAGCCUGCAGCUCAGAGGGCAUUGUAUUCCACUGCAAUAGAGUCUAUACAGGGAGGCUCCACAUGUAGGGACACUCUUGACCACGAUGACACUAUGGGUGGUAUUCCAGCUGUGGGUGGUAAAGGAGAGCGCCUCCUGCUGUUCAUUGGAAUCAUUGACAUUCUGCAGUCCUACAGAAUGAUAAAGAAACUGGAGCACUCUUGGAAGUCUCUCAUCCAUGAUGGGGACACAGUGUCAGUUCACAGACCUGGUUUCUAUGCUGAAAGAUUCUACAAAUUCUGUAGCACCACUGUCUUCAGGAAGAGCUGCUCAUUAAGAUCAUCACCAUCUAAGAGGGGACGAGGAGCUCUCGCAGCAUCCAAGCCCAGUGCUGGUGGAACAGGUUCAGCAGGGCAGUGCCCCUCGGUGAGUGACGAGAGGCAGGAAAACCAGGACAACUUAGAGAACCUACGAGGAGCUCACACCUUUGCCAUAUUUGAGGACAAUGGGAGGGAUCCACCCUGCACUCCUCCUUCCUUUGAAGAUGCUACCACAGUGUCUAUCGCUACCACGCUCUCUUCUAACAACUCCCUCCCCACCACCCCCUUUGACACACCAGAGCACCCACGCUACAGGAGACAAAUGCACUCUCCAAUUGUGGCUAGGUCACAAAAAGAGGUAGUUGAGGUUCAUGAGAAAAAGCAGGACACCAUAACAGUGGAGGUGGAACUCAGUAAAAUCCCAAACAGCACGGAGCUCACAGAGAUGACAGAAAAGAGCUCUCCCAGCCACCUGCCCCCUGUCCGUCCACGGCGUGUCAUUCCUUCAUCCUCUCCUCCUUCUAUUAGUCAGUCCUCAGCGCAUUGCUCCUCCACCCUUCCUCCUUCCUUUGUAUCUUCUUCCUCCACAGCUCAGUCAGCUUGCCAGUCAUCCUCCACACUUGCUUCAUCCAUCUGUCCAUCCACCAAACCCCUCACCUCACCCACAGCUGCUCAAACUUCCACUCUCUCUUCUACAAUCUCUCACUCAGCUGCAAAAUCCACACUCUCCAUUUCGCCAACCUCAUCAGCUCGUAACACCAUCACCCUCCCUAGUAAUUCAGCAUUUACUCCCAUCUGCCCCGCGUUCCCUAACUCCUCCACCCAGAGCUCCAUUCACCAGUUCCCCUCGACCCCUCCUUCCUCCCACCCUCCAAGCCCUCAGGUGCCCCAGCAGGCACUACGUACAUCGUGCAAUCAGCUGUCUGUGUCCAGCAGCCAGAACUCGCUGGAUGGAGAGGUGCAGGUUUCCGACAUCUAUUUCGCUCAGGAGGAUCAGAGCUGGGUGCACUCUCCUCUGCACAGUGGCUCAGAGUCCAGAAGGGGCUCAGAUGGGGAGAGUGAGAUGUGGAGGCAGCAGUGA